GGUUCGCCGUGGGGGCAGAGCCGCGGCAGCGCCCGGAGGAGCUGCGGGGCCACCAUGUCCGCGCGCCCGCGCUGCCGGGGGCUGCUCUGCCUGCUGGCGGUGACGGCGGCCGUGCGCCCCGGCGCGUCCGGUCUGUGCCCCGCCGCCUGCACUUGCGCCACCGACGUCGUCAGCUGCACCGACAGGAAUCUGUCCAAGGUGCCCGCGAACCUCUUCAGGCUCGUGCGGAGGCUGGACCUGAGUUAUAACCGGAUUGGACUCCUGGACUCGGAGUGGAUCCCGGCGCCCCUGCUCCAGCUCAGCACCCUAGUCGUGCGCCACAACUACAUCGCCAGCAUCUCCGCAGGCAGCUUCGGUACGAUCCCCAACGUCCGGAACCUGGACCUGUCCUCCAAUAGGCUGCAGGUGGUGCGGGACGCCACGUUCCAGGAGUUGCGGGCACUGGAAGUGCUGCUGCUCUAUGACAACCGUAUCUCUCGCCUGGACCCAUCGGCCUUCGGCGGGCUCGUGCGCCUGCAGAGGCUGUACCUGAGCGGCAACACCCUCACACAGUUCCCUGUGGGCCUGUACCUGGGUAGGUUCAAGCUGGCGGCGCUCACGUUCCUGGACGUGUCCUACAACCGCAUCACCGCCUUGCCUGUGCACCACAUGCACUUGGUACCCGGGAGGCAGUUGCGGGGCGUCUACCUCCACGGGAACCCCUUCGUCUGUGACUGCGCCCUGCACUCCUUGCUCGUCUUGUGGUACCGCAGGCACUUCAGCGCUGUGGUGGAGUUCCAGGACCACUACACCUGCCGCCCCAUCGCGGCGGGAGUCGGGUCGGGCCAGCAGGUGCGGCUCCUGCGCGAGAGCUUCCUGAACUGCUCGGUGGGCGGUGCCAAUGGCUCCUUCCACGCGCUGGGCUUCAUCCACGAGGCCCAGGUGGGGCAGAGGCUGGUGGUGCACUGCGACGACAAGGCUGGCUCUGCGCACACGGACUUCCUUUGGGUGGGCCCCGACAGCCGCCUGCUGGAGCCUGGCCGGACCACAGACAACUUCCACGUGUUCUACAACGGCAGCCUGGUGAUAGAGAGCCUCCGGCUGGAGGACGCCGGAGUGUACUCGUGUAUCGCCAUGAACAGGCAGCGCCUGCUGAACGAGUCCGUGGACGUCACGGUCACCGUGAGCAACAGCUCGGCCGGCAGGGCGCACUCGCACGAGGCCUUCAACACGGCCUUCACCACGCUGGCAGCCUGUGUGGCCAGCAUCGUCCUGGUGCUCUUGUACCUCUAUCUGACGCCCUGCCCCUGCAAGUGCAGAGCCAACGGGCCUAGGAGCACGCCCACGCGGGGCAACAUGCAGGCGGCCAGCCUGUGUCCCCGGCCCAGCGAUGAAGGCUGCGUGGCUGAGCCCCGGGCUGGCGCCGGGAAGAGAGUGGUGUUCCUGGAGCCGCUGAAAGAGGCAGUGACUGGGCAGAACGGCAGAGUCCCGCUCUUUCCCGGGGAGGCCACCCUGGCCGAGGGCAUCCUGAGGGCCCCUCGGGGGAAGGCGGACUCCAUGAGCUCUGGCUUCUCAGACACGCCCUUUGUGGCCUUAGCCUGAGCCGCGUGGACCAGGCAAGCAGUGCGGUGGGUCCGCCCUGG